AUGUUUCGACAAAUAUUAAUUGAUCCAAAACAUAUAGAUUAUCAGCGUAUCUUGUAUAAAUAUUCAGAAGGGAAAUUUUGUGCUUAUCAAUUACUUACUGUCACUUAUGGUACAGCAUGUGCACCAUAUUUGGCAAACAGAGUGAUAAAAAAAUUAGCACAAGAUGAGGGUAUGAAUUUUCCAUUGGCUAAAUCUAUUAUUGAGGAGGAUAUUUACGUUGAUGAUGUUUUCUUUGGUGGGGAUGACCUUGUAACUGCCAAGAAAACAAAGGAUCAAGUAAGUUAUUUAAUGAUGAGUGGGGGGUUACAUUUGCGUAAAUGGGCAUCUAAUAACAAAUCAUUGUUGAGUGGCUGUAUCUCAGAGAAACAUGAAAAAGCAUUGGAUAAGGAAUCUGCUGAAAACUCGCCUUUGAAAGUUUUGGGCUUGGGUUGGGAUCCAACAUCAGAUUGCUUUCGAAUUGGAGUAAGUCUUGAUUCUAUUGAAAUUCCUACUAAAAGGACUGUUUUGUCAGUUAUAGCAAAGUUGUAUAAUCCUCUUGGUUGGAUUUCUCUAGUUAUUGUUACAGCUAAGCUUAUCAUGCAGGAGUUAUGGUUGCGCAAAUUAAAUUGUGAUGAAAAGUUACCUAAUGAUUUGAUGAAACAAUGGUUUGAGUACUAUAAUCAGUUAGAGGUGUUAAAAAAUUUGGAAAUACCACGAUGGAUUGGUGCUGUAAUGAAAAAUUCGAAUAGUGAUUUGCAUGGAUUUGCUGAUGCGUCUAAUCAAGCCUACGCUGCAAAUGUUUACCUUCGUGUUGUUGAUGAGUUAAAUAAGGUUCACGUCACACUUUUAAUUUCAAAGUCUAGAAUUGCUCCUAUCACUUCAGUUAGCAUACCUAGGUUAGAAUUGUGCGCUGCUGUUCUGUUGUCUAGAAUUAUGAAAUUUGUUCUCGAAACUUUAAAGAUGCAGAGCCUUCCUCAUUAUUGUUACACUGAGUCAUGUGUGGUGUUGGCAUGGUUAGACAAGCAUCCUUCUCAUUGGAAACCUUUUGUAGCAAAUAGAGUAGCUUUAAUCGAUGAAUUAAUACCAAAAGCUAAAUGGCUUCACGUUUCUGCUAACAAUAAUGCAUCAGAUUGUGCAUCUAGAGGCUUAUUGCUAAUGGACAUAAUGGGUAAUUCCUUGUGGUGGGGAGGGCCUGAUUGGCUUUCUCAAAAAUCGAGUAAAAUGGAAAAGUUCACACUGGAAUCUACUGACUUGGAAAAGAAAGCGAUAAAAUCUCAUUGUGUGCAGGUUGAACGGAAUUUUCAUCAUGGCCUAAAUUAUUACGUGUUGUGGCUUACUGUUUUCGAUUCAUUAAUAAAUUAA